CUGACUGAAUUUUCCAAAGGAGCAGAGCAUUCAUAUUUUAGAAACUUGAAAAUUUCAUCUCAAGAGGUUGACUUCUGGUUCAUGUACCACCUUUUUCUGCUUUGUCAAUGCCUCCCCUUAGUUAGUUGCUUCUAAACAGAAUUUUCUUUUACUUCAAUUUGUAGAAAUUUAAAGAAUUCUUAUAGUUCAUGAAUUCUACCUCUUUGUUGUCCUUCCUUAAACCCUUCAGAAGCACUAAGUCUUUUGGUAAAUAUUGUGGAUAAACUAAACACCAUACUCUACUUGUGUUGUAAGAAGUGUAUCAGUUUUCUGUAUAAUCUCCUUAAACUUGGAUCUGUGCAUCUGAUGUACCAUAUGUUUUAUUUUGUACAGAGCUACACAAUAACAGGCCAUUCAGGUCUUUGAGCUUAUUCCAUUUCAACACAUGAACAAGGUCUUUGGCCCAAGCAGUCCAUAUUGAUGGUUAUUCAUAAGCAAUAUUCUAAUCAAAUACAUCUGCACUCUGUCCCUACAUUCCUUCAUCUUUUUUUCAGCCACCUAUCAAACCAAGUCUAACUUGGUUACAAACUCUGGUAAUGCAGUCUGUAAUCUGAGAGUUUUGUUUCUGGAGGAUUAUUUGCAUGUGUCCAGUCUGUUUACUAAUCUCAGAUGAUUCCUAUUUUUCUUGCUUCUCUCUAGAAGCAUGAUUUUGUUUGCAUUGUGAUGUCAUGAAUUAGUUUGCCUAAAGCUCACUGUCCCUUUUUCAGUCACUUAUUAAAAUGUGACUUUCGAGGUGAUAGCCUCUGCAAAAUUAACAAUAAUAUCCUCAUGAUAAAGAAGUUCUCAAAUAUUUUUCGUUUUCAAAAAAAAAGCUUUUUGUUUUGUAGAUAAGCCUGUACCAAGGGGAUUUCCAAUAUGUGAUUCAGAUACCUCAUCCCUGGUUUCAUUGGAUCCUUUCCUCUAGAGAUUCUUUCAACAAUAUGAGUUUAAUUCCUGCACUGGCUGAGGCCAUGAAGUACUCUCCUUCUCACCCUUGCCCUACGUUUGAGAUGUUUGUGUUAAAUCACUACCAGUUGUGUCUCUCCAAGGAGAGAGCAGCCAUAUUAUCCAAGCAUGCUUCUAGUUAUGAGGAAUUGCAGGAGUUGGCGUUGUUGAAUAGAACUCUGGCCAAAGCUCUACGAAUUCGACAAACCCAUCAAAGCGUGUUUGAAAUAAAGCAGAUCCAACCACAUACCUCUGACGACAGCACAGUGCCAACUAAUGCAGGAUAUGGCAUUGUCAAACAUCUGCAGGCAGCCAGCUACAGAGAUAAACCUUUAGAGGAUGUUUUGUCAAGGACACUGAGGUCAGGUAGCAAGACAAAGCUAGCUGGUGCCAAUAUGAACAAUACUUGUGGUAAAGUGACAGCAUCAGUAUGUAAGGAGAGGUACUUAUCAAGACAUUUAGCAGAUGGAGUUGCUGGGAAGAGGGUUGCAGCACAUGCUGUCUCUUCCAGGAAACCAGAAUCUUGUACAUUGAAGCUGCCAUAUAAAACCAAGCAGGAUGUGAAGAGAAAGUCUACGUCACCAGCUGUGGGGAAAUUAGUUCGAGGCUCCUUGCAUACCCCAGGCCUAGUUAAAACUGCUGCUAUACAACAAACAAAACGAUCUGCCUCAGUUGACAGGGCAGGAAACAGAGCUCAACAAAGUAGGCUCUGGUCCUUAAAAACCAUUCCAAGAACAAUUGCAUCUCAUAAUGGUCUGAACCUGGAAGAUACAGACAUUAUUCAAAGAACAGUUACACCACACAGCGUGCAGAUUUCUGCAUUUGCAGACACUGCUCCCAAAAUGACAUCCCCUGUCAUUAGCCAGCAGAGGGCCAAUUGUAUGAAAGAAACUGUACAUUUGAGUGCUUCUGAACAGACCAUGCUCCAAAAUGAAAGCUCUUCCAUGGAGAAACUCAAAUUAUUCACCCUUCAAGGAAGUGGGUCAACACUGAAACUUCCUUCAGAGUGGAGAAAGCAGCGAUGUAGAAAUGCACGCUUAUGGGGACAGGUGUCUGCCAGUGAAACUGAUGAAAUCCAGAAAGCAAGCUUCAUGCAAAACAUUCAGUCAGCAUUCCAUUCACAGCUCCCACCUGUAAGUUGUGCACAGAUUGAAGAACAAUUGGACAACAUCUAUGAACUUUACAAAUGUAUUGACCAAUAUGUGCGUACAGAUUUCCUACUCAAUUCUUCAGGUCCCCUUAGUUAUCAGCAUGAACAUGAGAGUCUUCAGAUACUGGAGAGAUGCCAAGAUACUGUAUCAAGCCUCAUUCAGCAGAUUGAGCAGUUUGUGGAUGCUGAAACGUUUUGGGCGAAGUUUGGGAGCUGUUGGACGGUCAACUUCAAAAAAUGCAAAUGUUUUGGUGGCAAGUCUGCACCUCUCCUAUUCUACUCCACACUGCAGGAGCUGAAGGAAAUGGAGGCUCUCCGGUUUCAAGUACAGACUCUCCAAAGACAGAUUCAGAUUCAAAAGGCUAUGGCAGAAGAGCUGCUUCCCAUUCUAUUUUCCUCCAUGCCUCUAGAGCAGUCUAUUUUCUACCUUUAUCGAGCAGUGUACUCUGAGCUUUGUGAAGGAGGAGAGCAAUUUCCUGCCUUGGUGCAGGAUAACAUACCCGAAUGACUGAAGCAACUGAUGCAGCCAACCAGUAUUUGCGACCAUAAUUCUGACAAAGAUCCAGGCCGACAAGAUGUUUCAAACAUUUCAGAAUAAUUUGACCAGAAGUUUGUCUGGAGAAGCACAAAGGAUUUCAUACAGAUUGCUCAUCUCCAGCACCACCCAUGACCAGCCAUACUCAGCCCAAUCACAAUUUCCUCCUUAAGUGCCACUUGUAAGGAUUUUCUGUGAAAUAAGAUUGGCCAACUUCAACUCACUUCCAUAUCAAAGAAGGCCCAGAAUUAGCACUUGAUGGUCAAUCUCUACGGGAAAGAACAGUGGAUUAUUUGGUAUGAGAAAUGGAAAAAAUGUUAUGCAGAUACAGUGUUCAUAGCUGAGGUAUUUACACUGCAUCUAGCCUGUACUGUACCUGACUUUUAAUGUUCCAUUCCAGCAGUAACAUUAUUCAUACUGAUAUAUAGCAAUAUAC